CUGCACAGCUGUCAACUACAAAUUACGGAGAAGAGAUACGAGUACGUGGAACUUUCACAGCUGAACUAGUCGAUGAGAGAAAAACUAAAUAAAUGUAGUGAAUUAUUAAUUAAAUAGUAAUAUAAUCAAUAAAUAGUGUGAAUUGAAGUGUUCAACGAACUUUUAUGUGACUGUUAUGCUGCUUAAAUUAAGUAUUUCAAUGUAAAGAAUCUCGUUUUGAAAUUUAUGGGAGAUACGCAAACAAGGAAGACCGACAAAUUUAUGCUUAAGCUAAUCGAGAUAAACCAGCAACAACAACUACAAUAAUAAAUACAAAAGAGUGCUCGAAACAACGAAAGAGUGGCCAUCAUCAACAGCUGGAGCAAAGUGCAGGAAAACGCUUGUUGUAAACGUAAAAUACAGACAAUAUACUUGUGAGAACAAUAAAGGCAGUUAACUAUUCACUAAAAAAAUGGCACCUACAAGGCGACCCAGCGAUGGUUUACUGGCACGAGUUAAUUUUCCACUGUAUGCAGUUGAAAUGCUAACCAGUCGACAUGUACUUGUGGCAGGAGGUGGUGGCUCAGCUAAGACAGGUGUAGCAAAUGGUUUUGAAAUCUACGAAAUCUAUCACAAUGGCACACACUUCUGUGCGGAGGAGGUAGUGCGACAUGAGACAGGUGCCAAUGUUGUCAUGAACUUUGCUGUGCGUAACGAUGGCCGACGCUCAUACCUGUGCGCCGGACAAGAAUCACAUUGUCAAUUAUAUUUCGUGAAUCCACGCAUAGUUUAUGAGGGGCAAGAGGACGUGACAGCAGAUGCUGAUGAAAGGCGUCCAAGAAGUAAUAGCACAGCGGAACAUGGUAAUGAAAAUGGCGUACGUAGACGAGUAGCAAAUGCAAACGCACAGGCAUCUGGCGUACAGGAUCUACCGAAUGGACAUGCUACGGGUGCAACCAAGAAGACGGGCGAUCAGAAUGCCAAUUUGAAGCGUAUACGUUUUGAUAUUAAAGCAGGUGAUUCAGUGCAAACAGAUUUUCUGACUUCGGAACCGCUACAGCGUGUAGUACGCAUCAGUCCGAAUGGACGUUUAAUGGCAACUGGCGGCACAGAUGGUCACUUGCGUGUGUGGACAUUUCCGCAAAUGGUGCAGCGCGGCGAUUUAGCGUCACACACCAAGGAAAUUGAUGAUAUUGAUUUUAGUCCUGACUCCAAGUACAUUGUGACUAUUUCGAAAGAUGGUCAGGGUUUAGUCUGGGACUUGACGAGCAUGAAGCAACAUAACCAACUGAAAUGGACCACACCGGAGGGCUCAAAGUACCUAUAUAAACGUUGUCGAUAUGGCACUAUUGAGGCGCAACGCGACAAAUAUCGCCUCUUCACAAUCACAAACCCACUGGGUAAGGUGGGUAAGCAGCGUGGUUUUCUGCAACAAUGGGAUUGCAUUAGUGGGCAGCUAAGAAGUGCAGUGCAAGUCGACGAAAGCUUAGCGUCAUUGGCUGUGCGUGACGAUGGACGUUUCGUGGCGGUUGGCACUAUGUUUUCGGGCAGUGUCUCCAUUUAUAUUGCCUUUAGUUUACAGCGUGUUCUGCACAUACCCAAUGCGCAUUCGAUGUUCGUGACCGGUUUACAAUUCUUACCCAUUACAAACGAAGAAGGACCGCCAAUCUCAAGCGAUACUGAGGCGGCGGUACUUUCAAUAUCCGUGGACAAUAAAGUAUGCAUACACAGUUUGCAGCAGCGACGCACCAUACCUGCUUGGGUAGCAAUAUUACUAAUUAUUGUCGUGCUGUUCGGCGCCUUUGCAUUGUGCUCAUAUAUAGGCAUUUAAAUAAACGAAUGUGUGUGUGGCAUUUAAUUAAGUGAAAUAAAUAUAGAAUUACGUGGAAGUGAAUAAUUCGUUAACAAAAAUACAAUAAGUCGGCAAAUCGUUACUACAUAAUAAGUGCUUACAGUCCAGUAUAAGCAGAUGAAAAUAAAACACAAAAGUGUAGAUUUUUGUUUUGUUGAAACACGCGUUCAAAUUAAGUUGUAUUUUCUGUACAGUUAUUCGUAUUCCAUUUGCACAUAACAAAACUUAAGUGUCUACGUAUUCAUAUGUAAUUAAGUUCAAGUGCUUUCACUAGUUAGCCUUAUCAACAAACAAAAACAAAAAGUAGACGGUGUAAUAAUUUUUAGUUAACACGGCUAGCACUGGAGCAUUUCAUUGUCAUUCG